AUGUGUGGCAUCUUUUGUCUGUUGAGUUUGUUGUCUGCUCAUUCUGAGUGGGACAAAGCAGUUUAUGAACAUUUGAAAAGAAGAGGGCCCUGCUCGAGCCAGGAGCUAACAGUUAUAGGCACAAAUCACUAUUAUCAGUGUUUAUUCUCUGCUCAUGUUCUUCACAUGAGAGGUCCUCUUACCCCACAACCAGUUCAAGACAGUGCUGGAAAUAUCCUGCUGUGGAAUGGAGAGAUUUUUGGAGGGUUGCCUGUCAGGUCAGAGGAGAAUGACACUGCUGUGGUCUCUCAGCAGCUGUCGUCCUGCAACAACCCUUCAGAGAUCCUGACUGUCCUGUCUGCUAUACAGGGGCCGUGGGGGUUUGUUUACUACCAGAAGGCAGGAGAAUACCUCUGGUUUGGAAGAGACUUCUUUGGCAGGCGGAGUUUGCUGUGGAAAUUUGAUGCAGAGGUCAGUGCCUUGACCCUGACUUCUGUGGCAGCCCAUGCUUCUGGACCCGAUCAGCGUAAUUGGCAAGAAGUCCCAGCAGUUGGUGUGUACAGGAUUGACCUGAGAGCAGCUACAGAAACCGGCUCUCUGUCAUUUGAGAUCUAUCCUUGGGCUCAUGCAGGGGAUGAUGUCAUCUCCUGUUGCAGUGAAAAGAUAUUGGAGUCUGUCCCCAGUGGCUGCAAUGCUGUGAUGAACCAAGCAGGCCUCGUUCUCACCUCACCUGUGUGCCGCCUGAAUAUGUCCAUUCCAGAGUCAUUAAACAAGACAGAAGUUCAUUCCGACUCACAUUUAUCUGUCAAGGACCUGGAGGAGCUGCUAGCAAGCAAGGAGCAAACCGAUGAGGCGGACCGUCUUAUCGAUGUUCUCAGUGAGGCAGUAAGGCGUCGAGUUCAGUCUCUGCCUUUUGGUUUACAAGACCAUUCACUUCUUGCUAAUGACCAGGCCAGUGUUGCUAUACUGUUUUCAGGAGGUAUUGAUUCAAUGGUGCUGGCUGCUUUGGCUGACCGUCAUGUGCCUGCUCAUCAGCCCAUAGACCUUCUUAACGUAGCCUUUAAACUACAGGAACCAAAGAAGCAGAAUGUGUGUGCAAAAAAGCCCAAAAAGCCCAAAAAUAAACCCACAGAAUCCAAGACUGACUGUGCUGAUUCCCGAACAUUCAGUCCCUUUGAUGUUCCUGACAGAAUUACUGGAAAAAAUGGUCUUAAGGAAUUACAGGAUUUGAAUCCUGAAAGAAGAUGGAAUUUUGUUGAAAUCAAUGUAACACAGGAGGAGCUUCAAAAAAUGCGCAUGGAGCGCAUUUGUCAUUUGGUGCAUCCACUGGAGACGGUGCUUGAUGAUAGUAUUGGAUGUGCUGUGUGGUUUGCUGCAAGAGGAACCGGGUUCAUUAUGGAGGACAGCGACCAGAGGCCCUUCACAUCAUCAGCAAAGGUCAUUUUGACAGGAAUUGGAGCUGAUGAGCAGCUAGCAGGCUACUCCAGACACAGAGUCCGCUUCAAGACGUCUGGACACGAAGGACUGAUUCAGGAACUAGCCAUGGAGCUGGACAGGAUCUCCUCCAGGAAUCUAGGCAGAGAUGACCGAGUGAUCGGUGACCAUGGGAAAGAAGCUAGGUUUCCCUACUUGGAUGAAGAAGUGGUGAGCUACUUGAACUCUUUGCCUGUGUGGGAGAAGGCAGAUCUGUCGCUUCCUCGAGGUGUUGGGGAGAAGCUCCUCCUCAGACUGACAGCAAAGCAGCUUGGCCUCAGCCAAUCAGCCGUCCUGCCCAAGAGAGCCAUGCAGUUUGGCUCCCGCAUCGCAAAGAUGGAGGACAGCCACGAAAAGGCCUCAGACAAAUGCGCAAGACUCCUCACUGGGUAGAUCAAAGAAAUGAUUUUAAUAGAAAAUAUCCUUUAUAAAAUUGCAUACAGUUAACAUUCACACUUACUGACUAAGCAACUUUUACAGACAAAUUUACAGACAUUCUAAAAUUGGCCAAGAUGUCACAUUUGAUUUCUUCUGUUCUUGGAUGAUUUUUUUUUUAACAUGGCAAAAUAAAUAACUUGUUUCUAUGUAUUCAUGGUUCUUCUACACCAUGUAAGACUGGACAUCCUGAAGUUUUUCUCUGAAGUACAGGUCACAUUCAAUAUAGGAAGGCAAGUUUCCAACAUCAAAACGCCCAGAAAUCUGAUGAAUGUACACUGGUUUCCUGAAAGAAAAAGAAAAAAUUCUACUGAUAGAGAAAUAAACAAAAAAGCAGUUUUAAAAGUA